UAACCAAAAAACACAUGAUAUUGAUAGGUUCCUUAGGUGGGUGUGGGUCCCUACACCCUACUCUUCCCUUCGAUUUAGCUACAUUAUCGAUGCACACAUUUGGCAACAACAAACAACAAUACUGAGGAGUGGUUUGAAUGGCUGUGAAGUAUGAAUGUUGUAAUGUGGAGUUUUGGAAACGCAUACUGAUAAUUCAGGUGCUUGUUAUGUUCGCUGGUUUCAUGUCAGGACUCACUUUAGGACUCAUGUCAUUGAGUCUCGUUGAUCUUGAGGUCCUCGCUAAGUCUGGCACUCCUAGAGAUCGUCAUCAUGCUUCGAAGAUAUUGCCUGUUGUCAGAAAUCAACAUUUAUUGCUUUGCACCCUCCUAAUUUGCAAUGCAAUAGCCAUGGAGGCACUUCCAGUUUUCCUUGAUAGUCUGGUCGUUUGGUGGGGUGCCAUCCUAAUAUCGGUGACAUUAAUUCUUCUGUUUGGUGAGAUUAUACCCCAGUCAAUUUGUUCUCGGCAUGGUUUAGCAAUUGGUGCAACAGUGGCUCCAGUUGUCCGUGUUCUUGUAUGGAUCUGUUUUCCUGUUGCUUAUCCAAUUAGUAAGCUGUUGGACUUUUUGCUAGGGCAUCGACAUGAAGCCCUUUUCCACCGAGCUGAGUUGAAAACACUUGUAAACCUGCAUGGCCAUGAGGCUGGAAAAGGUGGGGAACUGACACAUCAUGAAACAACAAUCAUUGCUGGAGCAUUGGAACUUGCUGAGAAAAUAGCCAGUGAUGCCAUGACUCACAUAACCGAAACAUUUUGUAUUGAUAUUAAUUCAAAGCUUGAUAGGGAUCUGAUGAACCUAAUAUUGAAGAAUGGGCAUAGCAGAGUCCCUGUCUAUCAUGAUCAGCCUUCAAAUAUUAUUGGACUUAUCCUGGUCAAGAAUUUAUUGACAAUUGACCUAGAGAAUGAAGCACCCGUGAAAAGUGUGACCAUACGCAGAAUUCCAAGGGUACCAGAAACGAUGCCACUGUACGAUAUUUUGAAUGAGUUUCAGAAGGGCCAUAGCCACAUGGCUGUUGUUAUCAGACAUUGUGACAAGACAGGGCAGCAAUCUUCCAACAAUAAUUCCUAUGAGUCAGCAAGAGAUGUGAAGGUGGAUAUUGAUGGUGAGAACACACCCCGACAGGAAAAAUUGAAAACCAAGAUGUCAUUCCAUUUAUGGAAAAGUUUUCAAAACGCAAAUAACUGUAAGAGGGGUGGUUCUCAGAGCAGAAAAUGGUCAAAGAAUAUGUACUCUGAUAUUUUGGAAAUAGAUGAAAAUUCAAUUCCAAAGCUGCCCGAAAAAGAAGAAGCUGUUGGCAUAAUUACUAUGGAAGAUGUCAUUGAAGAGCUUCUACAGGGGGAGAUCUUUGAUGAGACGGAUCAUCAUUUUGAACACUCGUGACAAUUAUCUUUCAUGUACUUGUGAUGGUGUUUAGAUUCAUAGAUGAUUAGAUUAGAUAACCAGAGUAGCUGUUUGGGAUCUUGAAUGUGAUAGGCUGCUUGUAUGUAUUGUGUAUGCAACUCUAUACACGACUCGUGUACAUGUUUAAGAGAGUUUAUAUUAU